AGGGCGUAGCUGCUCUGCUUCAGCAAAAAUGUCAACCAAACCAGAGGAGCUGAAAAGAGCCUUUGACAGAGAACUUAAUAUUAGUGAUUUUCAAUUGGUAUGGAAAAAAGCUAGUGUUCUUUCUGGACGCUGGGAUUCAAUGGCUAUCAUGUUAGGAUUGAGCCCCAAUAAGUUAUAUGAGAUUGAAGCAGGGGGCAAGCCACCAAGAACUUGUUUCUGGAAAGUAUUUGAUUGCUGGUUAAAGAAGGACUAUGACUAUAAGAGUCAUGGUGUCCCUACAUUAAGAAUGCUGUGUAACUCCAUUAAAAGUAGUAGUGGAGGAGCUGAUCCAGCUCUAGCUGAUGAAAUAGCAAAAGAAUAUACCAUUAAUCUUACUAGUAAUGGAGAGGCCACUACAUCACCAGUUCAUGCUUCAUCUUCUAAAGAAGCUACUCCAACUUCUGAGCUACCAGUUCCUACUUCACCUCAAUCUGAGUCUUCAGUUGUUUACGUUAAGAAAAAAUCAAUUGAAUAUUCACCCAAGAACCUGACACAAAUGAUUGGAGAUCUGAAAGAAGUUUACCUUGAUAAUAUGCAUUUUACUAAGAAAUCGUUUUGUUCCAUUGAUGUCUCAGAAGUUAUUGACUUCAUUCAAGAUUAUACUGAACUUUUACUCAGUCCACGUUUUCAAAAACCACUAAUGAUUGAGUCAAUUGAAAAAGAGUUUGACCAUGUUAAGACAAUGAAUCAGCUGUUUAAAACAUUAAGAAAAUACGUCUCAUGGUUCAAUUUUGAGCUUGUCGUCAAUCAAUAUCUCAUUGAAGUACAACACAGUGACAUUAACAUAACAGAUAAUAAGAAAUGGAAUGCAUUAGAUCAUAGUGCUAAAAGUGGUAACAUGAAGCUAGUCCAAUACCUCAUUAAUAAUCAUCAAUUGCCUCUCACAUCAUUUGCAUUACUUCAAGCAGUACGUAGUACUAAACUAUCAUUAAUUAAAUUAUUAGUUAAUGAAUAUAAACUAGAUCCUCAAUUUAAAGAUAGUGACGGUAUGCAAGCAGUUCAUUGUGCAGCUCAAGUUGGUGCUAUUGAUGUCUUAGAGUAUUUAGUAAAAGAUUGUGGAUGUGAUUUGGAUAGAGUAGGUGGACCAUACAACAAUAAUGUGUUUCAAUUUUCUACAACAAGAGGUCAUUUUUCAUUUAUUAAAUAUAUUAUUAAUAAUUAUCCACAAUAUACUAGUCUAUUACAUUCUACUGAUGAUAAUGAUACUCUACCAAUUCAUUAUGCCUGUGCUAGUGGUGUAAUACAACUAGUGACAUUUCUAAUUGAUGUAAUGAAAUGUGAUGUUACUACUAAAAAUAAGAUUAACUAUACUUGUGUCACAGAAGCAUGUUCCUCUGAUAAUCUUGAUCUUUUAAAAUUAUUAAUAAAACAAUACAACCUUAAUCCUAGAAUAUUCAGCAUUGGAUCAUCACAAGAAAUUGCAGUGGCAUAUGGACAUGUUCAUAUACUAGAAUGGCUCAGACAAGAGUAUCAUAUCAAUGUAGCCUCAUUUAAGAAUGGUGCAUUACCUUUUUAUGCUGCACAAUACAACCGUUUGUAUUGUUUAAAGCAUUUAUUAAACAAUUAUUCAUUUGAUAUUAAUGCCACUGAUCCCUUUAAUGAUACUCAAUCUACACUCCUUCACAUAGCAUGUCAGAAAGGACAUGUUGCUAUAGUUCUCUACCUCACUAGUCUUCCUCAGUGUGACGUAUCAGCUAAAACUUCAAAUGGAUCAACAGUUCUUCAUUUAUCAUGUAAAAGUCGUUCUCUUCCUAUACUCAAACAUCUAGUGGAGGAGCAUCAGUUGGAUCUCACUAUUAAAGAUUACAAUGGAAUGGCUCCAGUUCAUGUAGCCUGUGAAGAAGGAUCAUUGAGUAUAGUCAAGUACAUUAUAGACCAUUCACCAUUAUCUCUUGAUAUGACCGACUCUUUUGGACGUACUCCACUACUUAUUGCAGCUUUCUCUAAGAACCUUCCCAUCAUUCGUUACCUCAACAGUAAAAACUGCAACAUUUCUAUACUGGACGAUAAAGGGUUUAACGUAAUACACAUAUCGGCAAAGGGAGGGUCUUUGGAUAUAUUGAGGUUUUUCAUUGAUGGUCGUUACUGUAAUCCUGAUAUCACUGAUGCUUUUGGUCGUACUCCACUUUAUCUGUCAGCUCAAGAGGGUCACUUGGAAAUAGUAGAAUAUCUAUUGGAUAGUCCAAGCUACAAUAAACCACGUGUAGAAUUAGUAGACAAGCCAGAUAGCAAUGGUAACACAGCACUUCAUGCAGCAUGCAGCCAGGGUCAUCCUGAUAUAGUGUCUACUAUAGCAGGAGCUUACAAGUCUCUUAAUAUUGAUAUUUAUUCAAUUAAUGAGAAGAGACAGACUCCAUUACACUUAGCAGCAGCUAAUGGUCACGUUAAUACAGUCGUGUCUCUCUUAUCAGCCACUACUGGUACUAGAAAUCAUGAGAAGCUCCUUGGAGCAGUGGAUGGUGAUGGUUGUUCUCCUCUUCAUUUAGCUUGUCAAAAUGGUCACUAUAGGAUGACACUGUAUCUCUCUGAGGUGUAUCCAGCUAAUGUUUAUAGUGUGAAUAAUAAUGAGGAAGGAUUGCUUCAUGGAGCUGCUGAGAGUGGUAAUAAGGAUCUAAUCCAAUUCCUAGUGGAAUCACACGGUCUUGAUCCAGAGUCACAGGAUAAAGACGGAGUGACAUGUCUACACAUAAUAGCAAAGCAAGGAGAUAAAGAGAUAUACGAGUAUCUUGUACCUCGUGUUAGGAAUAAUCCAACUCCUAAGGAUAAAGCUGGUCGGUCUCCACUUCAUUAUGCUAGCAGACAUUAUGAGAUGUCAGUGUAUCUGAUUCAAUGUUUUAAUAUUCAU